CCUUGGGCGGAGAGGGGAGGUGACUCCGGCGGAAGAGGACGAGGCAGAAUGCAGGCCCUGCGGGUCUCCCCGGCACUUAUCCGCUCCUUCAGCUCCACCGCCCGGAACCGCUUCCAGAACCGAGUGCCCGAGAAACAGAAGNACAUCCAGGAGGACAAUGACAUCCCGUUGUACCUGAAGGGCGGCUUCGUUGACAACAUCCUAUACCGAGUGACAAUGGCUCUGAGUCUGGGAGGCUCUGUCUACAGCCUGUACUGCCUUGGCUGGGCGUCCUUCCCCAGGAAUUAAGACCAGGAAGCCUGGAGGGCCUGAGGGACUUGAACAAGUGUCAAUAAACGCUGGCCUCUG